UCGAAAUGGAUCGACACAAGGCAGAUCAUUGUAAAUGCCACAAACAAGUCCAGCCAGCCCAACAAACUAUAUCGGACAUGGAAUUCGAUAGAGGCAUUUGGAAUGCAGUGAUUUAUAAUGAAGUCGACCGCGUUCGUAGUUUUAUUGCCAAAGGCAAAACAAUGGAUUUGGAUAAUUGUGAUUAUACAGCUUUACAUUACGCAGCGCGUAAUGGCCAUGAAGAAAUUUGCAAAUUGCUUAUAAAUGAAGGCAAAGCCAAUGUGGAUGCGGUUACAAAAGGUGGAGCUACAUCUCUACAUCGAGCUGCUAUGAUGGGUCAUCUAAAUAUUGUUAAACUUUUGUUGGAUGCCCAUGCCAAUGUAAAUUUACAAGACGAGGAUGGACAAACGGCAUUACAUCGCUCAGCCAUUGGUGGACAUUUAGAAGUUAGCAAAAUUCUAUUGGAAAAGAAUCCAAAACUUAAAGAAAUUGCGGAUGUAAAAGAUAAAAUACCAUUUGAAUAUUUAGCAAAGAAUGCAAAUGAUGAUUUUAAAAUAUUACUUAAACCAUAAAUGAAGAUGAAAGAAAUUACUAACAAACUAUCUAUCUACUAUAUAUACAAUACAAUACAUACUAUAUUACUCAUAACAGUCUGUAUAGAUUAUGGCGCAUAUUAGAUACCAUAGAUUAAGUGCAUUUUAAAUAUUUUCUAUACAGAAGCAUUACUAACCAAUGAAACGAAGUUAUUCGAUUGUGAAGAUACUAUUAUAUAGAAUAAAUGUACACAUUUAUAUAUAUAUA